AUGGGCUUCCUCACCUUCGUCUCUGGCCUGUUCGGCUGGAUCUACACGUUUUGCUGGAGCGCCUCGUUUUACCCUCAACUUAUACUGAAUCUCCGCCGCAAGAGCACGUCGGGAACCACCGUGGAUUUCCCCUUCAUCAACGUCAUAGGCUUCGUUGCGUAUCUCGUCUCCAACGCUUCCUUGUACUACUCCCCCGUCAUUCGAAGCCAAUAUGCCGCCCGGCACAACAACCUCGAUCCCACGGUCCAGUUCAACGACAUCGUGUUUGCGCUCCACGCCUCCGUCAUAUCUACCGUCACGCUUUCACAAUACCUCCUCCGCUCGAGCUGGGGCUUCGCCCGCUCCGCAGGUGGCCGGCCCAGUCGCAUCAUUGUGGGUGUCGCGCUUGGCUCUCUGCUGGGCGUCUUUGGCAUCUUCCUGGUUGUUGUGUCAGCCGCUGCCAAGGGCCCCGUCGAUCCGGCGAUGGACUGGUGCGAGCUCGACGUCAUCUACGCUGUAAGCUACGUUAAGCUCCUGAUCACGCUCGUCAAAUUCACGCCACAGAUCCUGGCCAACUACAGUAACCAGAGCACCAGGGGAUGGAGCAUCUGGCAGGUCACUCUCGACUUUGCGGGUGGCGUAUUGAGCACGGGGCAACAGGCCAUCGACAGCUACCUGCAGCACGACUGGAGUGGCAUUACAGGCAAUCCAGUCAAGUUUGCCCUGGGGAACGUGAGCAUGGUAUAUGACUGCAUCUUCCUUGCCCAACACUACAUUCUGUACAGAGGCUCCCACGGCAAAGACAACUUCGAGGGGGACGCGCUGUUGGGGGAUGAGGAACAGCAGAGGAGACGACGAUUGGACUAG